UGCUGCACCGCCCGCCGCCUCCGCCGCUGGAGAGCCGACCAUCGGCCCAUGGUCCAUAUUUGGAUGCAACAGCAUCUGCAUCUGCAUCUGCAUCUGCAUCAGCAUCACUUAAGGACAACUUCGACAUCGCCACCAGAUCCGAGUGUCUGCGUCGGUCUCCAGACACUCUGCAGACGCGAGACAUGCACUUGUCUUCGGCUGGCUGGGUCAGCCUCAGUCCCAUUCCCCAUCUCCAUCAUCCAUCCUCCGGCGAAGACAUUCAUUGUCAAUUUUGACAAUCAACAAGACGCGGCUGCCAUCAGCAGCAUACACAUACAGGCGAGAAAUAGAUAUGCUGCAGUCGAGAAUAUCAGCGUCCCCAGCCGCCGUCCCUGCGACGGAACGUCUGGCUUUCGGGGUCUCGGUCUCGGUCUCGGUCUUGGAAUCGGCCACAGUCUGCAUCCGCGUCUGCUUGGAUCUGGAUCUGGCUGGAAGGGGCUGGGCCCAAAACACCAACAGAAGCCAAACGACGGCACGCGAAAGUCUUAA